AUUACCCUCUUCCCUCCAAUACUGACCCUCCGAUCUCCACCCCCGCGCCUUUUUUAUUCGCCUCCUGAUUUCUGAUCCAACGGCUCUCCUUCUCCGCCUCAUAUACUGUCAUCUUUUGUUUUGUUUGUGUGUGUGUUUUUUUUUUCUCUCCUUCACGCCUCAUUUAUUUUUACUGUUUGUUUGCCGAGAAAAGAUAGGAAAGCGGAACAAAGUAUGAUUUUGAAUCCUUCUAUUUUCCCUCAUUGUUUGAACAAGAUUCUCUUUUCAACGCUUUCUGAUAUAUGGGUCAAUUAAGCUGACCUUUUCGUUUUGUGAAAGAAGAGGGGCAAAAAAAGAAAAACGGAAGAUUUGGAAAGUCUAUUUUAUUUUCUUUUCGUUUUCCCAAGUUUUCUCUGCAAUCAAACAGGGUCAACGGAUUUCUUUAUCUUUAUCUGAAUGAUAUCUCGGGGUCAGAAUCAUGGUUUGGUUUCAUUUCUGAAUAUUAGAGGUUGGAUCAUAUUGAAAUGUGCGUUGACCUCAUUGGAGAAUUAGAAAAUCUGGAAUUUGUGCGGCGCAUUAUUUGCAUAACUGGAAUCUAGGUUUAGGGUUUCAGGGUUCUGGAUCUUUUGUGAUUGGGUGAAUGGAAUUUUUUAUUAUCCAUCCAAAAUCUCAGGCUUUUGUAUUGGUUGCCAGCCAGAAGGCGUAUGUUUUUCUAAAUUAAUUCAAAGAUUCUGGACUAGUGGGGUUGUCAACAGAUAUGGAUGUUAAGGACCCUAUUAACUGCACAAAUAAGCCUCUGGUUGCUUUAGACUCACCAAAGAUCGAAAAUCGUGAUGAUGGGGAGGACAGUGAGUCAAAUUCUUUGUUGCCACCACGAAGAGGUGGGAUGUCGAGAAGGCAGGACAAAGUACGGAGGAAAGUCCAGUGGAACGAUAGGAAUGGGAACAAGCUCGUGGAAGUUCUCGAAUUUCAACCAAGUGAUGUGAGUGAUACUGAUGAUGAGGAGUCAGAUUCUUGCAUCUGCACCCUAAUGUAGACUUUUAUCACAAGAUAUAUGCCUGAUAACCGUAAGGGCCAUCCCCCUCCAACACUGAUUUUGAUGAUUUUAGUAUAAAGGUAGCCAUGUUUCCAAGUCUCUAUUGUAAGGAUGGACGACCAAAGGACCCAAUAAAGGGCAAGGCAAUCUCUCGUGCUCUGGAAACAUUUUUUCACUUUCUAUCAAAAGGUAAGGUUAAUACAUUUCAUCAAUGGGUUUGAGGUGGGGUUUCGAAUCAACUGAUGAGCCACAUGGAUUGUUUCUUAGGGAUAGAGGUGGAUGACAGGAUAACGGCAAUCUUCCUUCCUUAUGUAAUAUAUUCUGUAGUACAAUUAAGCUUUUUGUUUGCUUUUGUCACAUAUGUUGAUAUGUAUCUUUUGGAUAUUCACUCAAUAGAUUACUCUGCACGGUCAGCAUAGUUCAUGACUUAGCAGCUACUUCAAUACUAUUCCUAUUUGUUUGAUGUUUAUC